UUUAUUUUUAAGGCUAAUGGGCGAUUUGAAGUGGGCAAGAAAAUCUGUUUGAGCAUCUCAGGACAUCAUCCUGAAACAUGGCAGCCAUCAUGGAGUAUAAGGACAGCGUUACUAGCCAUCAUUGGAUUUAUGCCAACGAAGGGAGAGGGAGCGAUAGGUUCUCUAGAUUACACACCAGAGGAGAGAAGAGCACUUGCCAAAAAAUCCCAGGAUUUCUGUUGUGAAGGAUGUGGCUCUGCCAUGAAGGAUGUCCUAUUGCCUUUAAAAUCUGGAAGUGAUUCAAGCCAGGCUGACCAGGAAGCCAAGGAACUGGCUAGACAAAUUAGUUUUAAGGCAGAAGUCAAUUCAUCUGGAAAGACGAUUACUGAGUCAGACGUUAACAAACAGUCUUUUUCACUAAGUGACUUACAGGACAAUAUACCUACAACAUUCCAGGGUGCUACAGCCAGCACAUCGAACCCAUCUGCAGCAUCCUUUCAACAACCUACGCAACCUGUAGCUAAGAAUACCUCCAUGAGCCCUCGGCAGCGCCGGGCCCAGCAGCAGAGUCAAAGAAGGUCAUCCACUUCACCGGAUGUAAUCCAGGGCCAGCAGCCAAGAGACAACCACACCGAUCAUGGCGGUUCCGCUGUACUGAUUGUCAUCCUGACUUUGGCCUUGGCGGCUCUUAUAUUCCGGCGAAUAUAUCUGGCCAAUGAGUACAUAUUUGACUUUGAGUUAUAAUACUGCUUUGUGACUUAAGAGCUGUGAUUCAGCUGCUUCAUUCAACAUUCUG